AUGGUGCGCGCGGAGCUGCAGGCAACGCUGCAGACGUUCGCCACGGCUCUGCAGGCCAACAGGACCGCGGACGCCGCCGCGAUCUUCGCGCCCGAGGUCUGGCUGCUGCCGCCAGGCAAACCGGCGACGAACCUGUCGGAUCCGGACAGCCAGACGGCAUUCCUCGGCUCGCUCAAGGCGGCCGGCGCGCGCAUCGCGCUGACGAUCUCCGACAUGCUGCUGGCGAGGAGCAACGGCGCGAACUCCGCGGAGAACAGCGACGCGAGCAACGCGGCGACGAGCCUGGUGUACGUGGUGAUCAGCCCCAAGGGCAAGGUGCUCACGGUCGGCAAGGCCAUCGUCGUGUGGACCGCUGGCAGCAAGGAGGUGGACGCGGCGAGGGGUGAUGCGGGCGUGGAGGGCAAGAAGAAGAAGGGCGGCAAGUGGAAGCUCACGUGGGCCAUGUGGAACGACGACAUCGCUAAGAGCGACUUCCACGCACCGCUCUCGCGGUUCCUUUCCGGCGCUUCGGACUCCGCCUCCGCGCAAGUCCCGCUCAAUUGCGCGCGAAGCUCAGCGGAGACCGUGUCCCGCGCGCAGACGGCGGAGGCGGUGAUGGGAGGGGGGAGAUCGGCGGUGGUGCGGCAGCUGCAGCAGCAGGCGGAGGACCUGUCGGAGGCCGUGGCGAGCGGCGACUGCGCGCUGAUCCAGGGCUCGCUCAGCCGCGAGAUCACCUUGCUGCCGCCGCACGAGCCGCCGCGCACAAUCACACGGCUCGAGGCGAUGAAGCAGCUGUUCCAGGGGUUGGUGUACGAGGGCUUGACGUUGAACCUCACGGUGGACGACGCCAUUCCCUUCCGCCUCCUCAACCCCUCAUUUACCGUCGGUGCGGCGGACGCGCUCCGCAGCGAUGCGGGCCGCGUCGCUCUGUCGCGCGGCUCGUUCCUCCUCUCGAACGUCAGCAACGGUGACGUCAUCGCGCACGGCACGGUAAUGCUGCUCUGGGUACCGGUCCCCGAGCCGUCGCUCUCCGCGUCCCUCCGCGACCCGCCGCUGCGCUUCGCCGUGCAGUGGAUCAUGUACUCCGCCACUCCGGGCAAGCCGCCCGCCCCGCCCGCUCCGCCCUCGCUGCAUUCCCCCGCGCCCGAGGACCGCGAGGAGGGACGCGCUUUCCUGGGCGCCGCAUCGUCGGCGGCGGAAGAGCCAGCGGAACAGUCGCCCCUGCGCGAUCCUUCCGCGGAGGAGGUGCGGCCGUUCGUGCUGCGCAAGGUGCGCGACUUCCUCUCCGCGCUCGCCAUCAACGACUCCGCCGCCGCCGCCACCGUCUUUGCGCCCUCCGCCGUCGUGCUGGCGCCGGGCAGCCCGGGGAAGGUUCUCGAGUCGGACGAGGCGAAGCGCGCGUUCGCGCAGCACCUCGCGAACAAGCGACUCGAUAUAGAGACGACGCUGACGGAGCUGGUCGUGGGGUCGAGCGAGGAUUCGUCCUUUAACCAAGUGGCGGCGGCGAGCGGCGUCGAUUCGGGCGCGCGCAACAACGACUUGCAGCUGCUGCUGACGCGGUUCGACUACACGGCCAACAAGGCCAACGGCGCCGUUGCUGACGCGGGCAAGGCCGUCGCCGUGUGGGUAGGGGUGGGGAAACUCCCGUUCGAUUUGGGCGCGUCAGCGGGCGUGCAGUCGGACCCCAUCAACUGGAAGCUCUCCUGGCUCUUUUGGAACUCCGACCCCGCCCCCUCCGCCAAUGCGGAAAGCUCCGCCUUGCCCGCAAUCGCCGCCGUGGUUCCGCCGGACGUGCGGGAUCCCAAGCCCGGCCCCGUGCGCGAGCAGCUUCAGGCGCGCCUGACGGUGCUGGCGGACGCGCUGGCGCUGGGGGAUGCGGAGACGGCGGAGGACGUGCUGGUGGAGGGCCCCGUGCUCGCGCUGCCCGCGGGCGCGCGGGAGACGCUGGCGGUGACCGCGGAGGAGAAGCGCGCGCUGCUGCAGUCGCUCGUGGCGGCGGGCACGCUGCUCUCGCUGCCCAUCAGCGGAGUGCGCCUGGCGGACUUCGCCUUCCCCAAGCCCACGCCCGCGCAGCCCAACGAGGACCUGCUCUACGCGCUCUCCUGGGGGGACUACUCCGCCUCCGCCAACGGCUCGGAGACGGCGUCGGGGUCGCUGUUCCUGCUGUGGAAGCGCGAGCAGCGCAAGGUGAUCAAUGGGAGUGCGGGCGUGGAGAGCAAGGGCCGGUGGGUGUACGGCAUCGCCUGGGCCAUGUGGACCUGCACCCCCGCCAAACCAACCCCCCCGCCCUCGCUCCGCGCUGCCCUCGCCACACCUGCCGCUGAUUCCGCCCCCUCUUCCGCGCCUCUCUUCCUCUCCGCGCCGCACCCAGAGGACGUUCGCCUGGACGUCGCGUCGCUCCUCCCGCGCCUCUCCGCCGCCAUUGCGCUCGCGCAGGACAACGCGUCGUCGCUGCUUGCUCUGCUCGCGCCGUGCCUGACUCUGCUCCCGCCGAACUCGCCGCUGCUGCCCGCGGUGUGCGGCGCUGAGCGCGUGCGCGCGGUGGAGGCGUGGGCGGGCACGACGGUGCAGCUGAACCCCGUGGACGUGCAGGUCGUUGAAACGGUUCCCGGCAAGAAAGGGGCCGCGAGCGCGCUUUGGGGUGCAGUGGAGGAAGGCGAGGAGGGCGAGGAGUGGGGAGCAGAGGGAUCGAAGGGAGGAGACGGGUGGGUGGAAGAUGCAGCGGUGGAAUUUGAUGCUGAUGGAGAUGCUGGGCGGGUGGUGGGCGAUCCCAAGGGCCACGUGGCAGUGGUGGUGCGAGUGAGCUAUGUCAUUCUGUCGGAGGACGGCUUGCAGCUGCUGGAUGCGGGCAAGGGCAUCCAGGUGUGGGAGCAGCUGCCACAGCAGCAGCAGCAGCUGCAGGGCAGAAGCAGCAGCGGUGGCGGAGCGGCAUGGGCGCUCACCACCUUCGCCUGGAACUCGGACGUCGCCUCGGCUGAUGCUGACGCCACGUUGCCUGCGCCUGGCGCUACUGCAGCACUCGAGAUGGGGGCAACGGUGGAGUCGAAGGCUGCAGCUGUGACCGGGGGAGGCGAGGUGAAGCAGCUACAGGCAGCAGUGGCAGCAGCAGCGGCGGCAGUGGGCAACGGCAGUGUGGCGGAGGUGCUGCGCGUGCUCUCCCCCUCUGGCGCUGCUGUCAUGCCGCCCCACCGCCCCCUGCUGUGGAUCGAUGCUGCCUCCCUUGACAACGCCCGUGCUGCCCUGCAGCCACUGGCAUCACUGGGGUGCACGCCCAACGCCUCUCUGGACUCAGUGGCUCUGCUGCGUGCGCUCGACUCCUCCCUCUUCCUCUCCGCCGCCCACUCACCGCUCGCCAGCCACCACCACCAGGCGCUCGCACUCACCACCGGCAACUUCUCCUGCACACCCGCUCCACAUCCUGACCCCGCGGUGACAGGCAAGGCCAAGACUCACUACGGCAGCUUCGUGGCCCUGUGGGAGCAGAGCGCAGCCAAGGCUGCAGCAGAGCAGCACAGCAGCGGCAACAGCGUGGCAUGGUUAGAGAAAUCCGACAAGCGCCCCUGGUUGGUCAAGUGGGUGCUCUGGAGCAACGCUGCUGCCCCGCCUGCUCCUGCGCCUGGUCCUGCUGUGUCUACCACCAUGCCUGCUACCCUCCUUGCCACUUUGUAG